AUGGGGUAUUGUUCCACACUUGCCGUUUUAGGGCAUUCAAUGGUCCCGCCAAAUCUUAAUUCAGAAUCUAAGGCUUCUUCUUCGUACCGAAAAGAGACUAUUUCUUUGUUGAAACAAUGCAGACACAUUAACCAAAUCCAAUCGAUACAUGCCAAGAUCGUAAGAAACGCCCACGAACAAGACCCAUUUAUCCUCUUCGAGCUUAUUCGUCUUUCCUCGAUUUUCAACUCCAUUGACUACGCCUACAAGAUUUUUCAACACACCCACAAUCCAAAUGUCUACCUGUACACUGCUCUGAUCGAUGGGUUCGUUUCUGCAGGUUCUUACAUCGAUGCUAUUCGUUUAUACAAUAAAAUGAUUAACGAUAUAGUUUUACCCGAUAAAUAUGUCGUUACUUCUGUCUUAAAGGCUUGUAGGUUUGGGUUGGCUUUUAGCGAGGGUAGACAGGUUCAUAGCCAGGUUUUAAAACUUGGUUUGAGCUCCAAUAGAUCAGUAAGGUUGAAAUUGAUUGAGUUUUAUGGGAAGUGCGGUGAAUUUAAAGAUGUGAUAAAAUUGUUUGAUGGAAUGCCUGAGCGAGAUGAUGUUGUUGCGUUGACCGUGAUGAUGACUUGUUAUGUUGAACAUGGAUUAGUUGAGAAGGCUGUUGAUGUUUUUAAUCGGGUUAAGGUUAAGGACACGGUGUGUUGGACAGCUAUGAUUGACGGGUUGGUUAGGAAUGGGGAGAUGAGUAGAGCUUUGGAUGUGUUUAGGGAAAUGCAAAGGGAGAAUGUGAGGCCUAAUGAAGUCACCGUCGUUUGUGUUUUAUCUGCAUGUUCGCAAUUGGGAGCGCUAGAGCUUGGAAGAUGGGUUCAUUCGUAUAUGGGAAAGUAUGGAAUUAAGCUCAAUCAUUUUGUAGGUGGUGCUUUGAUCAAUAUGUAUUCGAGGUGUGGUGAUAUUGACGAAGCAGCACGGGUUUUUCAAGUGAUGAAAGAGAAAAAUGUCAUAACUUAUAAUUCAAUAAUUGCUGGGCUUUCUAUGAAUGGGAGGAGCAUUGAAGCUAUUGAAAUGUUUAGGGAAAUGAUUGGGAGAGGGCUUAGACCAAGUAAUGUUACUUUUGUUGCUGUACUUAAUGCUUGUAGUCAUGGAGGUUUGGUAGAUUUGGGAUUUGAGAUCUUUCAUUCUAUGAGAGGAGAUUAUGGGAUUGAACCCCUGAUUGAACACUAUGGAUGUAUCGUUGAUCUUCUUGGUCGUGUGGGUCGUCUUGAAGAGGCUUAUGACUUCAUUAAGAGCAUGAACAUACCACCGGAUCAUAUUAUGUUAGGGGCUUUGCUAAGUGCUUGUAAAAUCCAUGGAAACCUUCAGUUGGGCGAGCAGAUUGCCAAAACACUGCUGGAUUGCGGAAAUGCAGAUUCAGGAACUUAUAUUCUUCUAUCAAAUGCAUAUGCUUCAACAGGGAAGUGGAAAGAAGCUGCACAAAUGAGGGUAAAGAUGAAGGAGGCGGGAAUCCAAAAGGAACCCGGCUGCAGUUCCAUAGAAGUGAAUAAUGAGAUUCAUGAAUUCAUUUUAGGAGCCAUAAGGCACCCUCAAAGGGAAAAAAUCUACAAAAAGUUAGAGGAGUUGAACCAAAUGUUAAAAUUAAAAGGGUAUUCUCCAUCAACAGAAGUGGUAUUGCAUGAUAUUGAAGACAGGGAAAAAGAAUGGGCUUUGGCAAUACACAGUGAGAGGCUUGCAAUAUGCUAUGGUUUAAUCUCAACAAAACCAUACACUCCAUUAAGGGUUGUGAAGAACUUGAGAGUAUGCAAUGAUUGCCACACAAUGAUAAAGCUCAUUGCUAAGAUCACUGAGAGAAAAAUUGUUGUGAGGGAUCGGAAUAGGUUCCACCACUUUGAAAAUGGGGCUUGUUCUUGUGGAGAUUAUUGGUGAAAUACAACUAUCAAUUUUAUUUCUAAACAAUGUGAAUUUUCUUUUGGUCAGUGUUGAGAAGAAUCAAUGUGUAGGGAUACAUUGAAAUU